CAUCAGUCUUGCCACCAGGUGGGGUAAUCUUAUCAGUAGUACAGAGACAGGUGAAAAGAGCUGUUAUGGAUUACAGUUAAAACAAGAUUAUUUAACCAUGGAUAUCAGAAGUGGUUUUAUAAUAUAUAAUAUAAAGCAGAAACAUUUAAUCUACUAUACUGAGAACAGAACAGUGCAUAGUAACGAAUAUUAAAAACAAAUGUGCCAGGUUAUAGCCGCAGGCUACUCCAUCUGCAGUUCCUUGACAGGUUGAUGUUAAAAGAAACAGAGUUUAGGGGUUGACUGUACACCGUUAUAAAACACAUAAAAGGCAGUACAAAAAUAGUACAAAAAAUACAGAAUAAAAUUAACAGAUAAAUCAGUUUUAAAGAGAGUUGUGACAUUUGGAGUGUUUUUUUUAUGUUUUUUUUUUCUUUUGAAACGUUCGCAAACCUUGACUUACAGCGUCAAAGGAUGUUGCACCAACACAGACAUUUUCCUUGGAAAUAAAUGAGCUGUGUUUUUCAAAGAAGUCGUACAAUUGUCCUGGUUAGAGGGACAAGAAACAUUUCAGACAGUACAACAGUUUUAUAACACGCACAACACUUGUGUUAAGAUUCUUUGAAAACGAAACUAACUUGUCCAGUAGGGAGCAGCGAUGAUAAAGAGUUUAGUGUAACCGGAAAUCAGCACCCUUUAUAAGUCAGACUUCAGACUUGUGCAUUUGCUUGACAUUGGAGAUUCCAAAGUGUCUGCUGAAAAACCUUUGAAGAAGAAGGAAGAACACACAUUUAUUCUUGUCUACCAUACACUAUGGGGCUGCUCACUUUUGUCUUUGCUGCAGCCGGAGCAGGUGGGGCUGUCGUAGCUGCUCCUCUUGUGCUUGGAGCGGUUGGGUUUACCGCAACUGGGAUUGCUGCUAGUUCCUUAGCUGCGAGCUGGAUGUCGGCUGCUGCCGUGGCCAAUGGUGGAGGGGUGGCAGCAGGAAGCCUAUUCGCGAUUCUUCAAUCAGCCGGAAUGGCCGGUUUGGGAGCCACUGGCACUGCAGCCGUCGGAGGGCUUGGAGGAACUCUGGGAGCCUUGGUCACGAUUAUCUAAAGCAGAAAAGGAAUCCAGGUCACAAAGAAAACAUGACAAAGGAUCAUUUUACCUGUAAAAUUAUUUUCUUAGUCAUUAUCCUUGUGAUGAAAGGACAAACCCUGUCUUCAGAAUAUGACAAAAUAAAAUUGUUUUAAUCUUC